AUGAUCCGCGCGCCUGGCGGCCGCGGCGGCGGGCUGGAGCGGGUGAUGUGUUCCGUCGACAGCGUCCUCGCGACCGUCUCGCAGAUCCGCCGAGUGCCUCGGCCCGGCGGCCGCUACGUCUUCACGGAGCAUGUCGCUGCGCCGGAGGGCUCGUGGCUGCAGGCGGCGCAGUGGGCCACGGACCCGCUGCAGCGGUGCCUCGCGGGCGGUUGUAGGCCGACUCGGGAGCCGCGCCGGGGGCGGGCCGCGCCGGCGGGGAUGCUGGCGACCUGCAGUGCCGGCGGUCCGCGAUGUUCGGCGAUCUUCGAAGGUUUUUUGGGAGGUCGUCGACGGUGGGUGGGGGGGCGGAGCAUUCGCAGGGGUCUCACCCGCCCUCCGACAGGUGCCACACACCCGCGGCCGACGAGCCAGGCCCAGCAAUGCGACGAAAUAGCGUGUCCAGCCUAG